AGCACAAGGACCGGAAAUUCAGAGUUGGCUAGACUUGGGAAGGCUAAUGGAAAGAACCUAGACUUUUUGUAACGGCAAACAUGGACACUUCAGUUUUAACUCCGGAGAUUUGAAUUUUGACUUUGCUUCCUGUUUUAUUCACUUGUGGAAUAUGGUUGUUUGAAUACAGACAGACUAAAUUUGGUCUUAAAGAGGCAGUAGACUGUACCGAAAGGAAAUGGAGAGUAAGCCCAGCAAUUCAUUUUUGGACAAAUUAACAAACUUUUUUAUUCACCAUGAAAAGCAUGAACUCCAAACACAGACUGAGGAGAGUCCAAAUGUGACUUCUUUUCAUUCUUUGACUGAGAAAGGAGAUGCUAAUGAUCAACAAAAAUGUGUUCAAAGGCAGGAUGGCAUCGAUGAUCAAGGGGAUGAUUUUGAUAUAAUUGUUCAGACUUUACAAACAAAUGCUGAGAAAGACAGAACAAGGGACCAUGUCGACAGAUCAGAGCAUCAGAAUGUUAAUGAAACGGAUGAAAUUGAUUUUUCUUCAGAAAAGGAGGAAGUGGACUUGGACCUGAAUGUUGACCACGUGAGAGAUAAUUACAAUAAAACAUCAGCAGCACGCCAGACUGACCAGGAUGUAACAGAUGGUCAAGCUGACACAACGUCUAAAUCACUUUACGAGGUCUCAGCCAGUGACAGUGCUAACAGACUGGACAAACAACUUGAGAACCCAGCACUCAUUACAGUGCAUAAUAAAGAACCUGAUUUCAGAGAAGGAUCUUUAUACAGGGAUGAAGAGUUUGUUUCAAAAAGCAAUGAUAAGGAUAUGAGCAAAAACAGACUCGAGCAGGACAUAUCUGAAAAUGAGACCGUUGUUAUGGAAUCAGGUAAUGUCAGCAAUGAGGAGCUUUUUGGUGUUGUGCAAAAUAAGAGAGAAGAAGGCCACAUAGAGGAACCCAGCAGCAGCAGCAGCAAAGAAAAAAUGAAAAUGUUCAGAGAGAACACCGAGAAAGAACCAUUGAAAGACAGAGUCUGUCAGGACAUCCUCACAGACACUAAAGAUGCAGAGUCUUUGAACUCAUCCACAAAUAACAAUGACUUUUCAGUGCAAAGUCAGCAGGACGUAUCUGCUGCUGAGAGCAAAAUAGAGCGUGAUGGAAAUCAUCAAAACUCUGCAGAUGUUCCAGAGGUAACCAAAACUGGUGCAAAUGAACAAACUCUGAUUAACGACCACCAGACAUCCACAAACAUGGACAUUCAGACCACAUUAACACAUUGUGAAGUUAAAAAGGUUCUUUCUUCAAACUCACCUGCGAACACCAGAACUGUAGUCAUCACCCUUACACGUGUUGAAGAUCUUUCUGCAGGAUCAUGUGUAGAUACUGCAAAGAUCCAGUCGAGAGAUGAGACUGUUGGUGAAGCUACAUUCAAUAGAAGCAGUGCAGAAUCAGACAGCAAGUUUGUGGAGGUCCAUCCACCUGCCACAAGCCAGAAGAACCAAAUGAAACAUUCUGAGACUGGAGGUGAGAUUUCAGAAGGUUCUGGCCUCUGUGACACUGAAGAACACAGUUCAACUGAGCUAGAUAACUCAGAACCAGAACCGGUGACCAUCCAGCUGGAGGAACAGGUGAUAAAAGUGCAUACAGAAGAAGAAAUGAAUAAAGAGAACGAAGAAGAAAUAAUACAAGAAGAGACUAUGUUAGAUACAGAUUCAUCUUCCACUGAGAAGACCACAACUGACCAAACCCCCAAAGCAGUAAAAGAAAAACCCCUCCAACUGUCGUCCCUCUUCACCGGGCUGCUCAGCCCCAAGAAAGAAGCCCGUGAGGAAAAAGACACUCCAGAGCAACCCCAAAGCCCUGCCAAAAGAGGACUUUUUACCGAUCAGUCUAACAAGAAAGAAGUCAAGGGAGACUUCCUAGAACAGCUUACCCAAUUCCUCAGCAAGGGGGAAGGGAAGAGAAAGCAAGAGAGCAUGACAAGCCCCCCACUGUCUCCAAUCAGUCAGGAACCUGCAGAAAAGCCAGAGACAACUGUAGAGGAGCCGGCCAUUCUCCAGUCUGAGGAAACAAACAAAUCUACAAAUGCAGAGACGGCCUUAGGUGCAUUGAAGGCUUUCUUCGCAGUUAAAUCUGCCAAAAAGGACACUUCAAAUCGCAUGGACCUGGACACUGUAAAGAGGAAGAUCAACAGGGACAAAGACGUCCUCAAAGCCUUCUUUGAUAGGACCUCAAGCAAGUCUCCAGACAACAAAGAAACUACUGAUUCCAAAGCUGAGGUGAGUGAGGAGCACACUCCUAAGCGACUUCAGACUGUUUGGCCUCCACCAAAACCCAAAGACGAAGAGGAAAAGAUUGGUCUAAAAUACACUGAAGCAGAGCAUCAGGCAGCUCUUCUGCAGCUAAAAAGGGAAUGUAAUGAAGAGGUGGAGAAGUUACAGGUUGACUUCAAACUUGAGCUCUUCCAGUUACAAAAGAAGAAUGAAGAGGAUCUGUCCAGAUUAGGGACAACCAUCGCCAGCUUACAAAGAGAAAGAGACAGAAAUCACAGAGAUGCUGCUGUGUCCACUGAAGACAACAUCAAGCCACGGGCCUUCCGCUCUGUAUGUAUUCAGACAGAAAGAGAGACAGUCAACAAGCCUGAGGAGGCCAAGGAAACCCAGAGCAGGGGUUUUGACCCCCUGCCUAAAAAUGCUGACCUCAACUCAACAAAAAACUUUACUGGCAAACUAAAGACCGUUCCUCCUCCAGCUCCCCCACCUGUAUCACUUCAGUUACAGAUGGAUAGCAACAAUACUCCACCCCCUCCUCCUCCUCCUCCUCCAACAGGCCCUUGUACUCCUAAUGUACCUCCACUUCCUGCUCAGCCACUAGAGAGGCCAGGAAGUGUGCCUCCUCCACCACCUCCACCAAUGACAGGAUGUGGUGUGCCACCACCUGUCCUCCACUCUGCCCCCCCUCCUCCUCCCCCUCCUCCUGGAGUUGGUAUCUUCUCCAGUAAAGCGGCAGACAAUCCUGCUCGCAAGCCGUCAAUGGAACCAGUCUGUCCAAUGAAACCGCUGUACUGGACACGGAUACAGAUUCAAGAUAACAGGAACAAUAUACUAUGGAGUUUCCUGGAAGAGCCAGAGAUAAUAAACACCAAUGAGUUUGCGGAACUGUUUGCUAAAGCCACAUCGCCCACCAAAAGAAAGCCCCUAUCUGAAGCCUAUGAGAAGAAAACCAAAGCCAGGAAGGUCAUUAAAUUACUGGAUGGCAAGCGCUCUCAGGCCGUGGGCAUCUUAAUCUCAAGUCUCCAUCUGGAGAUGAAGGACAUCCAGCAAGCUGUUUUGACUCUGGACAAUUCUGUGGUUGACUUGGAUGCAAUUGAAGCCCUGUAUGAAAAUAGAGCUCAGCCCGAGGAGUUAGAGAAGAUUAAGAAACACUAUGAAACCUCAGACGAGGAGCAGGUCAAACUACUGGACAAGCCUGAACAGUUCCUGUUUGAACUCUCCAAGAUCCCUGAGUUCUCCAGUCGAGUUCACUGUUUAAUUUUUCAGUCGAAAUUUACUGACGCCGUUGCCUCCAUACAGCGCAAGACCGAGAUUAUUCUUCACGUCUGCAAGUAUCUGUUGGAGGAAGACAGUGUGAAGGAGGUGAUAGGACUGGUGCUUGCUCUGGGAAACUACAUGAAUGGAGGCAGCAGAGCUCGAGGACAGGCUGACGGCUUCGGGCUUGAGAUUCUUCCUAAGCUUAAAGACGUCAAGAGCAGGGAAAAUCACAUUAGUCUGUUGGACUACAUUGUUUCCUACUAUCUGCGUCACCUUGAUAAGAACGCUGGGACAGAAAAGAGCAUCUUUCCUUUGCCCGAACCUCAAGAUGUUUUUCUUUCCUCUCAAGUGAAGUUUGAUGACCUCUCAAAGGAUCUCAGGAAGCUGAACAGAGACCUGACAGUUUGUGAAAAGGAUGUCCUAACUGUGUGUACCAACUCAUCUCAUGAGCACGUACAUCCCUUCAAGGUGAAAAUGGACUUUUUCAUUGGCAACGCACAAAAAGAGCUAAUUACUGUGGAACAUCAAGUGAUAUCGGCACAUAAAAGCUUCUGUGACCUAGUGGAGUACUUUGGACUGAAGCCACGUUCUGGAGAGCCAGAGAUUUUGCCUGGCCAUGUUUUCACACUUUGGUUUGAAUUCUGCAGUGAUUUCAAGAUCAGGUGGAAGAGAGAGAACAAAGUCAUAUCCAAACAGAGAAUCAAAGAGGCCCAACAGUCAGUGCGCAACAUGACAGCAGAGAACAAGAUUGAGACCAGAAGGGCACAUGCGAAUGGACUGAAAGAGAGACUGCGUCUGAAAGAAGCCAGUCUGACCACCAGCUAACCCCAUCUGCCAUUACCAAAGAGGACCAGAUACGUUUAUGUUUAAGACCCAGGCACUUGCAUUUUUGGCAGGGUCAGAAUAAGGUGCACCUGCUUGUGUGACACUUUUCCUCAAGACUGCAAAGUUAGAAGAUGACAACCUGUCUGUCAGUGUAGUGGAUCCCAUUCCUGUGUAUAACCCAACAACCAAUGGCUCACCAAAAAUUCCUUUGACCAUGUUUCAGAUAUGAAUGAAUGCUGCUCAAAAUGAGAAAUAUUUAAGAAAUGUUUAUAUACAAGUUAGCUCGAUCUGUUCUGGGAUUUUCACCAGUCUAAACAAUUAAGGGUUGAAAAAGCAGUCUCAACAUUCGACUUGGAAAAGGCAGUAACUUUAUUUUGUAUAUUGAGUAACAAAGUUUAGUAACUUUUUAUGCUCAUAUUAAAUCAUUACAGAAUAUUAAAAAAACAAAGAUAGUGUACAUGUGAAAUAUUAAUAUUAAACUAUCCUAUCAGUUUUAUUUGGAUGAACAUCACACAUUUUUAUUGAUGACAGUUAUGUUGCUUCAUCACAUCUUAUUGCCAUUUAAUCACAGUAAUAUUGUUCCUUUUAUAAUAAACUCAACACUGUAAAAAGUAUUCAUUAAUAUAAAAACAUUUAACUUGUU